UGGGUAGAUGCCACUCACAUUCUUGAGGGCUUGAUUGACCCAAGAAGAAAAAGAAGAAGCGCCACUUGCUCACAACACUAAAGGAAAGCGAGGAUUUCUCUGGAGAUCUUGGCACAGCGCGCGCGCGCUACUACUGCGAUCGAUCCAUGGGUUGCGAAAAUGGGUGAGUCGAAAUCCCGGGCUGGCUAGCGCGCUGGGGGCAUUGGAAGCAAAGGGGGUCGCGAAUCGCAAUGCGGCUGCUGCUGAUCGCGCUCGCGAUCAUCCUGGCCCAUGCAGCGCAAGAUCCAGAGGUGGCGGGCAGCGAGGAAGUGGCGGCGCUGCUGGGCGUGAAGGAGUUGCUGGUGGACGAAUUCGGGCACACCAACGACUGGUCAGCGUCGGAUUCGUCGCCGUGCUCGUGGACGGGGAUCCAAUGCGAUGACGAUGGAUUCGUCUCGGCGCUCAACCUGGGCGGCAAGAGCUUGAAUGGGUCCCUCUCGGGGCUCCCUCUCGCGCGCCUCCGCCACCUCGUCAACAUCUCGCUCGAGCAGAACAAUCUCGCGGGGCCUCUCCCGCCCGAGCUCUCGCUCCUCCCGCGCCUCCGCUUCCUCAACAUCUCCCACAACAACUUCGGCUAUGGCUUCCCCGCCAACCUCUCCGCCAUCGCCACGCUCGAGGUGCUCGACACGUACAACAACAACUUCUCCGGCCCCCUCCCGCCCGAGCUCGGCGCGCUCCAAUCCAUCCGCCAUCUCCACCUCGGCGGGAGCUACUUCUCGGGCGCGAUCCCCCCGGAGCUUGGCAACCUCACCACCUUGCGCUAUCUGGCGCUCUCCGGGAAUUCCCUCACUGGCCGGAUCCCCCCCGAGCUGGGCAACCUGGGCGAGCUCGAGGAGCUCUACCUCGGCUACUACAACGAGUUCGAGGGCGGCAUCCCUCGCGAGAUUGGAAAGCUAGCGAAUUUGGUCCGGAUCGAUCUGGGCUUCUGCGGACUCACUGGCCGGAUCCCUGCCGAGAUCGGCAACCUCUCGCGCCUCGACUCCAUCUUCUUGCAGAUCAACAACCUCUCCGGCCCCAUCCCGGCCGAGAUCGGCCUCCUCAGCGCGCUCAAGUCGCUCGACCUCUCCAACAAUCUCCUCUCCGGCCCCAUCCCCGACGAGCUCGCAAUGCUGGAGAGCAUCGCGCUGGUCAAUCUCUUCCGCAACCGGCUGAGCGGGAGCAUCCCAUCCUUCUUCGGCGAUCUGCCCAACCUCGAGGUGCUCCAGCUCUGGGCGAACAAUCUCACUGGCAGCAUCCCUCCCCAGCUGGGCCAGGCGAGCUUGAGUCUCAUGACCGUGGAUCUCUCCUCCAAUUCCCUCUCGGGAUCCAUCCCGGACAAGAUAUGCUGGGGAGGAGCGCUCCAGGUGCUCAUCCUCUACGGCAACCAGAUCGGCGGCGCCCUCCCGGAAUCGCUCGGCCAGUGCAACACCCUCGUGCGCGUCCGUCUCGGCCACAACCAGCUCACCGGCGGCCUGCCCAAGAACACGCUCGGCCUCCCCAAUCUCCGGAUGCUCGAGCUCCUCGACAACCGGAUGGAUGGUAUCAUCGCCGACGCGCCCGUCUCCGCCGUGGAGCUGGAGCUCCUGGAUCUCUCCCAGAACCGCCUCCGCGGCAGCAUCCCUCGCGCGAUCGGCAACCUCACCAAUCUCAAGAACUUGCUGCUGGGCGACAACCGGAUCUCGGGCAGGAUCCCGGCCUCGAUUGGAAUGCUCCAGCAGCUCAGCGUGCUGGACGCCAGCGGCAACGCCAUCUCGGGCGAGAUCCCCCGAUCGAUCGGGUCGUGCGUGAGGCUGUCGAGCGUGGAUUUGAGCCGGAACCAGCUGGUGGGCGCCAUCCCGGGCGAGCUCGCGCAGCUCAAGGCGCUGGAUGCCCUGAAUGUGAGCCGGAAUGGGCUGUCCGGGGAGAUCCCGCGCGAGCUGGAGGAGGCCAAGGCGCUCACCAGCGCGGAUUUCUCCUACAACCGGCUGUUUGGGCCGAUUCCAUCGCAGGGCCAGUUUGGAUUCUUCAACGAGAGCUCCUUCGCUGGGAAUCUGGGCUUGUGUGGCGCGCCCACCGCGAGGAACUGCUCUGUUCUUGCCAGCCCGAGGAGGAAGCCGAGGAGCGCCCGCGACCGCGCGGUGUUCGGGUGGCUGUUUGGAUCGAUGUUCCUGGCCGCGCUGCUGGUGGGCGUGUUUGGCACCUUCUUCUUCGUGCGCAAGUACAAGGAGUGCAUCACAGUGGUGCUCUUCCCUGGCGGCGGCAAAGGAUCGUCGUGUGGGCGAUCGAGGCGGCGGCCGUGGAAGCUGACCGCGUUCCAGAAGCUGGAUUUCUCGGCGGCGGACAUCCUCGACUGUUUGUCCGAGGACAACGUGAUCGGGCGGGGCGGGUCGGGCACCGUGUACAAGGCGAUGAUGCGCAGCGGCGAGCUGGUGGCGGUGAAGCGGCUGGCGUCGUGCCCGGUCAACUCAGGUAAACGGUCCUCGGGCAGCCGGUCGUCGCACGACGACUUUGGCUUCUCGGCCGAGGUCCAGACGCUGGGCAAGAUCCGCCACAUGAACAUCGUCAAGCUGCUGGGGUUUUGCUCCAACCACGAGACCAAUCUCCUCGUCUACGAGUACAUGCCCAAUGGCAGCCUCGGCGAGGUGCUCCAUGGAGUUGGGACGAAGGCGUGCCCGGUGCUCGACUGGGAGACGCGCUACAAGGUGGCGGUCCAGGCGGCCAAUGGGCUGUGCUACCUCCACCACGACUGCUCGCCGCUCAUCGUCCACCGCGAUGUCAAAUCCAACAACAUCUUGCUCGAUUCCAAUCUCCGCGCCCACGUCGCGGACUUCGGCCUCGCCAAGUUGUUCCAGGGGAGUGACAAGUCCGAGUCCAUGUCCUCGGUCGCCGGAUCUUACGGCUACAUCGCCCCCGAGUAUGCCUACACGCUCAAGGUGAAUGAGAAAAGCGACAUCUACAGCUUCGGGGUGGUGCUGCUGGAGCUGGUGACGGGGCGGCGGCCGAUCGAGCCGGGGUAUGGCGACGAGAUCGACAUUGUCAAGUGGGUGCGCAAGAUGAUCCAGACCAAGGACGGAGUGCUGGCCAUCCUGGACCCGCGGAUGGGUUCCACGGAUUUGCUGCCGCUGCACGAGGUGAUGCUGGUGCUCCGGGUCGCGCUGCUGUGCUCGAGCGACCAGCCCGCGGAGCGCCCCGCCAUGAGGGACGUGGUGCAAAUGCUCUACGACGUCAAGCCCAAGGUGGUGGGCGCCAAGGAUCACAGCAGCAGCAGGGAGCUCUCUGGAUCCACGCGGAUGUCCUCCGGGAGGUUGAUCGACGUCUGAUCUUUCUUCCCCCCCUUGGAUCAUAUCCAUGUCGCGGCUCUCCUUUCUCUGCGAUCAUCGAUCUUCACGGGCACAGACACAGAACAACCAUGGUGGGACCGAUCGAUCAAUUCAUUGAUGGCGGUUGACUGAUCGAGCUCUCUCGCUCGGCUCCCUCGAUUUUUUCUCGCUUUCUCUCUUUUUUCCUUGAAAUUCUCCCGCUCUCUUGAAAGGUGUACAGUUGGUGGAGGAGGAAUGCUGCUUCAGUGCGGAUUUUGCUGCUGAUUCUCGGCCUGAAAGUCGAUGGUGCGUCUGUUCGUUCGGUCGGAAUCAGAAGAUACGAGUUCGGUUCUUCCUUUGUGGGGAAAAGCCUGACCGACGAUCAGAUUAUGAAAGGAAAGAUACUUCCGUGGUUGUUCUGCGCCAUCUUUAUAAAACAUAAGAGAAAGAAAGGGCAGCUUCGCAUUGUCGAGCUAUCGUUUUUCGUCGCUAA